AUGCCGUCGAAGCUUCAGGAAUGGCUUGACAUCCCGCCAGGGACCAUACUGCAGCAUCUCCCGACGGGAUCAUGGGGUAGCUUGUCAGAGGAGGAGAGCUACAUUCUCCUGCAUACGCUCGUCGUCGCCACCGGCACAUGGACUCUGCUCUUCCUCACGCUCCGCCUCUCGAUUUUGUCGCGCGUCUCCUUUGAUUUCUGUAACCGAGCUUGUGGGGAGGAGUUGAUGGCGUGCCUGUGGCUGGUGGAGCUGUCCAACCCCUUCAUGCACGCCAGGGAGAUGCUUCGCGAGCUGGAUGCUCCCAAGUCGGCACUCACCUUUGCUGUUGAUAAAUCCGCCAAGGGUUCUAAACCCUCGAAGGAAAGCAGCAAGCCCGCUCCCGCUCCCGCAGCAUCCCCGUCGCAAGGCACCUCGCCAGACAUGAGCAACACGAACGUCUUCGAGUUCGGCUCCGCGUCCGUGUCGGAAGAUAAAUCCACGCUGGCGGGGUACUGUCCGGUGUCGGACGAUCUAGAGCCGUGCCGAUGGGAGGUGCUGCCAUCAGGAGGAGGAGAGGCGCCUCGGUUUCGCAUCAUAUUCUAA